UAAUAUUUAAAAAUCAGUUAUAACACUCAUAUUAACAUGUUUACAGGUACAUUUGUACAAACACUUGGGGACCAUAGUUAACAUUCACUGACAUAUGCACCACUUGUAGAACUUUUACGUUGUGCAUUAAAAGGCCAUUAAUACUGUCUUGACCUCUGGCCUUUUACCCUCCCUCCCCCAAACGUCUUUGUGUGGCCUUACACGGGGCGAUAUCUCAUCAAAGCUUCCUUUGUGCCCUUUGUGAAAACAUUAUUGCAUGUGUAAUGGCCCAUGUAUCACAUACAGAUUCGGUUACAAAUGCAGCAGAAUGACACGGGCUGGGUCAUUUACGCAUGGUGGCCAAAGCAAACCAAAAGAAGAUUGUGAUAUUUGUAUUUUUUUCACAUAUCCAAUUGCAGUCAGCAUUGAGGUGCAUGCAGGUAAGAUUCUGGUCAUGCUUGGGAUGUCCUUCAUGUUGUACCAACUGGCUAAAUGACUACCAUUGUAAUAUGUCUCCCAUGAUAGUCACACCCAAGGUGUAAGUUGCCACUGGUUUCCAGUAACCGCUGAAGAAGGUAGAGUUGAAAGCAAGAAAUUUGGAAAGAAAUAAGUUCAAUUAGGGGAUCUAAUGAUAGGAAGUAAAGAUAAAGACUAACGCUCAAAAAAGAGAAAGACAGAGAAAUAUGGACUGUCAAUUCAACGUGACAUAAAUGUUAUUUCCAAGGAGAUUAUCCUUUUUCUAAUAAACACAUAGCAGUGCAUAAAAAAUGUAUGGAUGUUAUUACGUGAAAAUCUAUGAGUAAUGCAUUUUUUGGGGGGUAUAGAGAAUGAAGACUACAAUACAGACUACAAUGAGGACACAGACCGAGAGGCAAAGAGAAAGAGAGGGAGAAGGGAGAAGGGAGAAAACAAAAGAAAACCAAAGAAAGGAGGGAGUACAGUCACAUCAGGGAUUUACACUCAGGAGCAAUCUGAGAAAGAGCGCCAGAGAAGGAAGGCCAGGCGACAUAAAGAUAAAGAGGAAGAAAAGAUGGGAAUAGAGGAAGACGGCGAAGAGGUGGACAACGAUAUCCAAAGACAAAGAAAGAAUGGGAGGAAUGGAAAAGCAAAAAAGCUUAAAGAAGAGAAAGAGGAGGAGAACAGGAAUCACAAGAGACAAAGACCGUCUAAAACAGACGAGGAAAUAACUGCCAGUAAGAAGAAAGCCAAGAAGAAACAGGAAGACGAAUCACAAAAGACAGACAAAGGAAAGAAAGAAAGAAAGAAAGUAGAAACCAGUUCUGAAUCCUCUGAGGUGGAGGAACUAGCUGGGGAGGAGGAGGAGGAGGAGGAGGAAGAGGAAAUGGUGGUGGGGGUGCUGACUCCUGAGGAGCUGGAGAAGCUGAAGGAGGCGGUGGAUGAGAGGAAGAAGCUCAUCACCACGCUCAGAGGAAAGCCCUGGCCCAUGAUGAAGAAACUACAAACACUCAAGGAAUCUCAGGAGUUUGUGGAGAAAUAUGAGGGUGCUCUUGGGAGAGGAAGGGGUAGAAAGCUGUAUGCCUACAAAGUCAUGAUGCAAAAGAAAUGGAUGAAGUUCCUGCGCGACUUCGAGAACUUCAAGACAGCGUGCAUCCCAUGGGAAAUGAAGAUCAAAGACAUAGAAAGUCAUUUUGGGUCCUCUGUUGCGAGCUACUUCAUCUUCCUCAGGUGGAUGUAUGGGAUCAACAUGAUUCUCUUUGGACUCACGUUCGGCCUGGUCAUGGUUCCAGAGGCACUGAUGGGGAGGCCUUAUGGGAGCAUUCCGAGGAAGACUGUUCCCAGAGCGGAUGAAACAAGUGCCAUGGACUUUGCCAUCUUGUGGGAUUUUGGGGGGUUUGCUAAGUACUCAGUGCUUUUCUAUGGCUACUACAACAACCAGCGGACUGUUGGCUGGCUGAAGUUCCGCAUGCCUCUCUCUUACUUCCUGAUUGGGGUCGGCACAGUGGCCUACAGCUACAUGGUGGUCAUUCGGAAGAUGGCCCGCAACGCCAAUGAGCAAGGAGGCGGAGAUGACACCAGUUUCAACUUCAGCUGGAAGAUGUUCACCAGCUGGGACUACCUCAUUGGGAACCCUGAAACCGCAGACAACAAGUUUGCCUCCAUCACAACCAGCUUCAAGGAAGCCAUUGUGGAGGAGCAAGAGAACAGGAAAGAUGACAACAUCCACCUCACCCGCUUCCUCAGGGUCUUGGCCAACUUCCUGGUACUCUGCUGCUUGGCAGGAAGUGGAUAUCUGAUCUUCUUUGUGGUCAGGAGGUCUCAGAAGUUUGCCCUUGCGGGGCUGGAGAACUACGGCUGGUGGGAAAGAAAUGAAGUGAACAUGGUGAUGUCUCUGCUGGGGAUGUUCUGUCCCAUGCUGUUCGACGUGAUCAGCUCUCUGGAGAAUUACCACCCCCGCAUCGCCCUCCAGUGGCAGCUGGGGCGCAUCUUCGCCCUGUUCCUGGGCAACCUCUACACCUUCAUCAUCGCCCUCAUGGAUGAGAUCAACCUCAAAAGGAAAGAGGAGGAGGUCAUAAUAGCCAACAUGACGUUGUGGCAGGCCAGCCUGUACAACGGGACCCUGGGAGAGAACAACACCACUCCUGUUAUCACUGUUGACCCAGCUGAUGUCCCCAGAGGACCUUGUUGGGAGACUAUGGUGGGACAGGAGUUUGUACGGCUCAUCAUUUCUGACACCAUGACGACGUACGUGACCCUGCUGAUCGGGGAUUUCCUCAGGGCGUUUAUCGUGCGCUUCCUCAACUACUGCUGGUGCUGGGACCUGGAGUAUGGCUUUCCCUCCUAUUCAGAGUUUGAUGUCAGCGGAAAUGUCCUGGGGUUAAUCUUUAAUCAGGGAAUGAUCUGGAUGGGAGCAUUUUACGCCCCCUGUCUGCCAGCGAUGAACGUGCUGCGCCUGCACGUCUCCAUGUACCUGCAGUGCUGGGCAGUCAUGUGCUGCAACGUCCCCCAGGCUGUCUUCAAGGCCUCGGGCUCCAACAACUUCUACAUGGCCAUGCUGCUGGUCAUCCUCUUCCUCUCCACCCUGCCCGCCAUCUACACCAUCGUCUCCAUACCCCCCUCUUUCGACUGUGGACCCUUCAGUGGGAAAAGUCGAAUGUUUGACGUAAUCCAGGAGACCCUGGAGAAUGAUUUUCCAGCAUGGUUUGGGAUGGUAUUCAGCUAUGUGUCCAAUCCUGGCCUAGUCCUUCCAUUCCUUCUGCUUAUGAUAUUAGCAAUAUACUAUCUUCACUCCAUAUCAAAGACAUACAAACAAUCCAACCUGGAUCUUAAAAAGAAACUUCAAACACAAAAUGAAGAAAAUAAAAAGAAGAAUAAGAGGGCUGCUCUAAAGGCAGCGACAGAGCUGGAGGAGGCCAGAAAUACUCUACAAGAACAGCAGUCACAAAGCAACAACAACGCUUCAAACCGAGGUGACAGAAGACUUAACGACAGUAAUGGUACAACUAACCAGAUAGAGAAUGGACACACCGCAAAGAACCAUUGUAGACCUCCUUAUCCCCAUAGAUGCAUGGACAGACCUUCAGUCCCAAGAGGACCUGGUAUGCCUGGGUACCUACCAGGCCUCCCACAUCGACCAGCACCCUAAUGACCAAAACACACUCAUUUACAACACUGACCGACAAGAGCAAGCAGGAAAUGGACAUAAUGGAUGUUAAAGAAUCUCUGUUUAUAAAUUCUGUUUUUGUUUAUGGAUAAUAAGGGUGAAGGAGAAGUGGACUUGAUUUUGUUGUUUUUGCAACCAAAUGUGCAAUGCAACUGCUGGGCUGGAUGUUCUUUGGGCUGAAGUGCCAAUUGAAGCAGAGACUGUUUCCAAAAGCUGAUAGACACACAAGUUGGCCCAGAGGAAUGGAAAUGUCUGGCUUACUAUCUUUGGCAGGGAAAAUAGAUGGUCCUGUUACAUGCACUUGGACCAAAUGGCCCAAUGUGACUUUCAUAGAGCUAUGUGAAGUCCUUUAAACUCUUUCUUAUCUCUUUAUCAUCAUGGUCUGGUGCACCACAAGACCCAGCGACAAACCCAAACAAACGACAUCAGUAGAUCGCAAAUAAGUAACUCUAGCUCAGUCUACGGCUAUUACUGCAUCACUGGGGGAAAUUACUCUUCAGGUUAGCAUAAGGCUAAAAGGGUAUAAAUAGACACAUUUGUCUGAAUUGUCUUGCACUGCAUUUAUUUUGCUGCAAGGUAAACAUAGUCAAGGCUGUGUUGAUAAUGACAAAGAAAUGAGGCAAUCACUCUUAUAGUUGUGUAUUUUUCAUAUAGAAGAAUACCACACAAUCAUUUAGUUUAAGAACAUAGAUUAAAUAGACCAUUUCCCCUGAAAUGUACAUUCCAUGUUUAAGACAAAGCUGAGACUCUUAUAACAACAAAUGAAAUCAGAGUCGGUAUGAGCUUGAUUUCCUGGCUCAACGUGCGACCACCUCUCAGUUUCACACUCCACCUUAUUACCAAAUCCAUGCACAUGAGGUGAGUGAGUGUAAGGUGACUACUGUCAUCUCAAUGCAAAGUAUUCUCAAAUUUACUCCGGCCCAAGUGGGUGUCAAGUGUCUCCAGAUUGGAUUCUCUUCCCAAGCAAACAGAUUUGGCAGCAGCUCCUUGUUUUCACUUCACUGAUGGAAGGAUUAGAAUCCUACCCUGUUUGUGGUAAAUGCAUAGGACCAUUUCCUGGCGACCCUACCCUAUACAGGGCAAUUCUGGAUGGUCUGUUUUACUUUAGCCCUGAUGAAGAGAUGGAACAGUCCUUUCACAUACAGAAUGAUCAGUCAUUAUCUGAGUCCGAGAAUUAAAUUUCAUGCCACCCUAACAUUUAUUCAUUACAGAGUUGGCACAUCAGUUUCAUUAACAUUUCAAUGCUAAUACAAAAUUAAUGACCAGCUUAUCAUUAAGAAUUUAUUCAAGUAAUUUGAGACCCUUUGAUAGGAAGUCCUUAAUUUGAUAAACAAUUGAGUUGUACAGUAUAUCACAACACUGCGCUGCGCUUUUUCUUGAUUUGUAAGACCUAACUGCAAAAACGGUAACCCCCC